AUGCUGCACCAGGAACAAUAUCACACUGGCUCGGAGGAGAGAAGUGCCGACAUCAGCUGGGCAUAUGAUGUCGCCAUGCAUCUACGAGCCCCGGCACGACACAUCCGGUACGCCAUCUUUGAAGAAGGCCACUACCUCCUCGCCUGGAUCGAAGGCGCCGCAUUGUCGCAAGAUGGGAUGGAUGCUGUCGAAAGAUGGCCUCGUAGAGAGGGUCAGCGCAUCCCCAACGAGAUGCUGGAGGCUCUCCUUGAGCAGAACAUCGUCGUUGCACACAUUCAACACCGAAGGGGGAAGUUUCACAUUAGAUGCAUUUAUCUAAUCAGCACAAGAUACAUAUAUACAUCAUUAGCCCACAUGUGCAUAGAUGACUAUCUAAUUAGCACACAAACGGAUGCAUAUUUCCAACAAAACUUACAGUACGGUGUUAGCAUGCAUGUGCAUAUAAGAAUCCAACUACAUUUUCAGCUAGCUAUACCAAGUAACAAUCGAGCAACUGACAUACCACAUCACUUAAAUUAA